AUGAGCGGCGGUGGCGACGACGCCACCGAGGUGGCAAUGUUGCUCGCAGCGGCGAGCGAGAUCCAGCAGCGACGGGAGAAGGUGGCGGAGGAGAAGCCGUCGCGGCUGCAGCCGACGUCCAAGAAGCGGCCGACCGCGCCGCGGACGGCUCCGCCAGAGCACGUCUCGGCGGCCGCCAUGGCCUCCGCCGAGAAGAAGCGCAAGGCGAUGUGCUGGUCGGCACAGGCUCGCGUGCAGACGCGGCGCGGCUCGGUGGCGGACUCGCUGCUCGAGAAGCUCAACCUCGCGCCGCCCAUGCACCCGACGAUGAACUCGAUGAAGCACCUUCUCGAGUUCGAG